GUUCAUUUCCGAAGUCCCCCAGAGUAACCGGGGAUGGAAGGAAAAAUUUGUUUUCAUCGAGUUUCCCCCCUUCUUCACUCCUCUGGCCGGUCUGAGAUGGAACGACCAUCUGCUCGACCAAGAGUACACUGCACCGGCUUCCUCCCCAGACUUGGAAGCGAAUCUUGAGGUCCUCAUGCCUGGGGAUCCUUUCACCGGGAGGACUUUCCAUUAUGGCAGCUGGGUUUGGAGGGUCGAAUCGGGUGGUGAGGGUACCUCCCCGGCCCAUGACGCAGCGGGGCGCGUGGUACCCUCCCCGGGCAACACUGCGGAGGCUGAGGGCAACUCCCACCCAGAUAUGGAGUUUGAAGAGUUCGCCAUCCCCGAGGACCAACCAGCUGGGGAGACCGGGGGCCCCCAAGCCAAUCCUGCAAGGACUUUCCCGGUCAAUCCAGAGACCGUGGAAAUCCUGGAUGAAGAUGAGCCCCAAGACAACCGGUCUAAGGGGAAGGAGAAGGAGAAGGCCGGUCGCCGGGUUAAGAAGGUGGCCACCACGCACCCUUCUUACGCCAAGAAGAGGGCUAGGCAGGAUUCUGAGCCGGCCGGUCAGACCAUCGAAGAAGCCUUCAUCAAUCUGGGGUUGAGGCUGAAGGAGGCGGGGGAGAUCGGGCCGCAGACAGUGGACCGGCUGGGAACGAGUUCCCCUUCUGAAGUCGACCGGCUGAAGAAGGAGAAGGAAGAAAUGGCACUCAUCCUGAGGAGCCAGGCUGAUGAGCUGAUCCGGCUGUCUGGGCUGGCCGGGGCAAUGAAGACUGAGAUCUCCCAACUGAAGGAGGAGAAUGGCCGGUUGCUGGACGAGGUCUCUGAAGCCAAGAGGGAACUGGCGGAGAAGGAAGAAACCUUCCCCGGGCGCGCAGCUGCCUGGGUGGAAGAGAAUAAGGCUGAAGCUGCCCGGGUGAUGACGGCUAGCCCGGAAGCGACCAUGGAAUCCUUCAGGCUCUUGUACCGGGAGCCUGAAGGAAAGAAGAUGAUCACCGCUAUUGGGUCCUUCGGAUUCAAGAGUGGUCAGAAGAAGGAUCGGGCUGCCUGCCACCGGAUUUUGAAGAAAAGAGACCCAGAGUUCUCCGCAGCUUCUUACGGCCUGGCAUCCAUCCCGGAGGAAGAGCCUACUCCCCCCUUUCCCCUAGAUUAAGAACUCCCCGACCUUGACCGGUUGCUUUGUAAACUUAAAACUCGUUUCCCCGGGAAUGCCCGGUGUAAAUGUAAAACAUUUAAG